GUCAGCCAGCCCUCCGUCAGCCCCGCCGAGGCACCCCGGGAAGACGACGAGGACGUGGACCAGCUUUUUGGGGCGUAUGGCACGACGCCUGCAGAGCAGCCAGCCAAAUGCCAGGUGCCUGAGGAGGUGGUGGACCCUGAGGGCUACGAGUCCGACGACUGCACCACGCUGGGGACGCUGGAUUUCAGCUUGCUCUACGAUCAAGAAAACAACGCUCUCCACUGCACGAUCAAUAAAGCCAAGGGCCUGAAGCCGAUGGACCAUAACGGUUUGGCCGAUCCAUAUGUCAAAUUGCACUUGCUUCCUGGAGCCAGUAAGGCAAACAAGCUGAGAACCAAAACUCUGCGCAACACGCUGAACCCCACCUGGAACGAGACGCUCACCUACUACGGCAUCACCGACGAGGACAUGAUCCGCAAGACCCUGCGGAUCUCAGUCUGCGAUGAGGACAAGUUCCGCCACAACGAGUUUAUUGGGGAGACACGGAUCCCGCUGAAGAAACUGAAGCCAAACCAGACCAAAAACUUCAGCAUCUGCCUGGAGAAGCAGCUUCCGAUAGAUAAAACAGAGGACAAGUCUCUGGAGGAGCGUGGCCGGAUCCUCAUCUCCCUCAAGUACAGCUCGCAGAAGCAGGGGCUGCUGGUGGGCAUCAUCCGCUGCGUUUUUUUCAACGGCUACUCCGACCCCUACGUCAAAACUUACCUGAAACCAGAUGAGGACAAGAAGUCAAAGCAUAAGACAGCGGUGAAGAAGAAGACACUGAACCCUGAGUUUAAUGAGGAGUUUUGCUACGAGAUAAAACAUGGUGACCUGGCAAAAAAGACCUUGGAAGUCACAGUGUGGGACUACGAUAUUGGGAAAUCGAAUGAUUUCAUAGGUGGAGUCGUGUUAGGAAUUAAUGCCAAAGGCGAGCGGCUGAAGCACUGGUUCGACUGCCUGAAAAACAAGGACAAGAAAAUUGAGCGCUGGCACACGCUAACGAACGAGCUGCCAGGGGCCGUCCUCAGCGACUGA